CAAAUGCUUUUUGUUUGUUAAAAAAAUAAAAACACUUAAAAACCCUUUAAACAAAUUCGAACAGCUCUUCCAAUUCUCGCCGUCAUCAAUGCUUCGCUGAACAUUCGUCUUUUUGGAACUAAUUCAAACUCCUCCAACUCGUAUCCUCUGUUGAUAAGGUUCCAACAUUUUUUUGGGCGAAACAAUGAGCUAUAACAGCUCUAAUAUGGGUUCUGGUAGUAGAACUGGUAGGAUGGCCCUUGAAUUUGGGCGGACCCAUGUGGUUAGGCCUAAAGGGAAGCAUCAGGCAACCAUUGUUUGGCUCCAUGGCCUUGGUGACAAGGGCUCAAGUUGGUCUCAGCUCUUGGAAACUCUUCCUCUACCGAACAUUAAGUGGAUUUGUCCUACCGCUCCUACUCGUCCCGUAGCGUUAUUCGGUGGAUUUCCUUGCACUGCGUGGUUCGAUGUGGGAGAUAUCUCAGAAGAGUCUCCUGAUGAUUUAGAAGGCUUGGAUGCUGCAGCUUCGCAUGUUGCUAAUCUUUUGUCUACAGAACCUGCUGAUAUUAAACUAGGUAUCGGAGGCUUCAGUAUGGGGGCUGCAGCCGCUAUUUACUCCGCGUCGUGCCGUGUUCUUGGCCAAUAUGGAAAUGGAAACCUAUACCCCAUCAACCUUAGUGCAGUUGUUGGCCUCAGCGGCUGGCUUCCCUGUUCAAGAUCAUUGAGGAACCGGAUCACUAUGUCGCACGAAGCUGCAAGGCGUGCGGCGUCUCUGCCCAUGUUACUCUGUCACGGUUCAGGUGACGAUGUCGUUGCUUACAAACACGGGGAGACAUCUGCCCAAACUUUAAGUUCAGCUGGAUUUCGUAAUCUAACGUUUAAAACCUACAACGGGCUGGGCCAUUACACCAUUCCUGAGGAGAUGGAUGUUGUUUGUAAUUGGCUGACAGUAAUUCUGGAGCUCGAUGGCUUACGAUUGGUCGACCGUUGAAGUCGUCGGAGAAAAGUAUGGCGACGACGAAGACCAUUUGAGGUCUGUAGUUCUUUGGUUUUGGUUGGUUGAUUAGUAAAGAAUAAGGCAUUUGGCUUUGUGGUUUUUGGUGUUUAGCAAAUCUGAUAAGAGCUUGUUUUUUAGGCUAAGUUUGGGGGUAUACGAAUCUGAGAAAUUUUUCAAUGUUGUUGUAAUCUAAAUAUAAACCCUUUUCUACUUA